AUGUGUACACCAAAAAGGGCACCUAGAGUAGAAAAAUUAUCUAUGCAUGCUAGUGCAUUAUUAUUAAAUCAAUUACCAUAUAAAUUGAGAGAUACAGGUGCCCCUUUAAUUUCGUGUGAUAUUGGUGGAUUCAUUUUUCAGAAUGCAUUACUUGACACCGGUGCUAGUAUUAAUUUAUUACCUGCAAGUAUUUGCGAUAAAUUUAAUAUUUCUGAUCUUAAACCUUCUACUGUUACCUUACAAUUUGCUGAUAGAUCCAUAAAACAUCCUAAAGGUAUUUUAGAAAAUGUGAUAGUGACAGUUAAAGGGUGUAAAUUUCCAGCUGAUUUUGUAGUGCUGGAAAUGGAUUUUAAUGGACAGUUUUAUGAUACACCAAUCAUCCUAGGGAGACCAUUUUUGCAUACAGCAAAGAUGAAUAUUGAUUUUCCCACAGGUAUUGCAAAAAUUUCAUGUGGAGAUCAAUCAGUAGAAAUUAAAAUUUUUGAGGUACCAAAUGAUCUUAAGAAAUCACAAGUAUAUGAUUGUCAUACCAUAGAUCUUCUAGAUGAUUUUGAUGAUCCAGAUGUUAUUGAUGACUGUGUGCUGGAAGAAUUAGAGGAAAUAGAGAAUAUAAAUUUGGGAGAAAAGAAAGAGGAAGAUCAUCUGAAAUUUACAGUUGAAACCUCUUCCCUCUAG